AUUUCAAAUGGAAAUCGCUGAGGUCACAGCCUUAUUCUUUCUUGUUCUUACUGUCCUGACACUAAUUCAGUCCAAUUCGUGCACUGAUAACAACCUAUUCUAUUAUUGAAAAUAAAGAUUAAAUAUUAAACUGCAACAAGUGCCAGAUUGGCGGUUUCCAAACAACACAGGUUCUGUAGCCCUUGUGAAGCACUGGGGAGAAAUAUGUAAAAGUUGACAUUUUCUUUACAUUUAGUUUAUGACUAACUCCCAAUGUGUCCUCUCUCCAUAGUUUGACAUAAAGAUCCCGGUUGCCAUUGUCAACUGUAGUUGCAGUGUUUCCUGUGGAUCCAGGGGAUUUUAAACAAAACUCUUACAUAACAUGCAGUAUGGGAGCCAAACACAGUAAAACAUGUACAGACACAGAUGAGGAUCCAUUAAUUACAAAUGAAGUGUUAGAUGAAGAGGAGGUCCUGUUUAAUCGUUUGGAUUUUGUGCUUAUUGGAGGUAAGGGUGCUGGAAAGAGUACCGUAGGAAACAUAAUCCUUGACAAGAAGUCCUCUUUCUGGAUAUUCAGUAAUAAACAACGUGUGAAGAAAAUAAAUCAGAAAAUAACUGUGAUCCGCACUCCAGGCUGGAGUGAGUCUGGACUCUAUAGCAGUCAAAAGAAGAUAAAGCGGCAGAUCCAAGACUCUGUUAAGUCAUUUAAAGACGGACCUAAUGCUGUCCUCUUGGUCAUUGAAUCCACCUCUAAAAAGUAUAGUUUUAAUAUGGGUGAGCAGAAUAUACUGGAAGAUCUGCUUACCAAGGAAGUAUGGGAUUAUACUGUGGUGUUGUUCACAAAAGGGGAAAAACUGGCUGAAUUUGACCUCAGUGAGCAGAAAAUCAAAGAUACAUUUGAGCAUUUGAUAAGAAAAUGUGGAAACCGGUGUCAUGUUCUCUAUGACAACAAGCCACGCAAGCAACAAAACAGGGAGGUGAUCAAGACAUUGGAGGACAUGUCUCUUAAAAACAAAUAUGAGAAUUUCUACGUGGAGCAAGAUGACACCGAUUCUUUAACGAUAUCCAAGAGGUUGAUGAAGAAGAUCGCUCUGAAAGGAAACAUUUUGAACAAAAUUACAAAACUUUAUUCACGUCUAUCAACUGAAAAUGGCAGAUCCAACGAGUCCCUUCAGAAUGAAAUCAAAAAACUGAAAGAGAUCCUUAAACAGAAGAAUGCGGAUAUAACAAGACUACAGUCUUGUCUUAAUCAGCAUUCAGGGACAGACUCUCUCAGUCUGUCAAAUAUAGACAGACAGACACAGACAGACUGUCCAGGACUCCCCGAAGAAAACCAACAGAAACAUCCCUUGAUGGGAGAAGAUAGCAAUGAGGACACAAAAGUGGAGAGAAAAUACUGGAUGAAUGAGGUGAAGGAGAGGGAUAUAGAGAUAGAACAGUUAAAGACUAAGUUGGGAAAGCAAGCCAGCUAUGGUACCAUUGCAAAACCAGUGAACAUGAAUGGGAGACAGGACACAAAUGGUAAAUUCUUCAAGAAACACAAGUUGGCGUUGGAGGACCGUCUGGGACUGUUGCGGCCCAUACUUCGGCUUCUCCAGGAGCGAGGGGUUCUGAAUGACGAGGAGAGGCAGGAGGUGGACAACAAAACAAACAAGACACUGAAGAACCAGGCCCUGCUGGAAAUGGUUUUGUUGAAGGGAGCUUGUGCCCAUGAGCAGUUCUACCAGGUACUGAGAGAAGUAGACCCUUUCCUAGUAAAGGACCUGGAAGAGAAGACAAGUUGACAAGAGCAGGUUGGUGUGUAGUUAAGGAUUCCGACCCCAACCAGAAUAGGAGACCACUCUCCAGUUAUGUUUGACAUUAUCUGUGCUGCCUACCAGAUUAGGAACCUGUCGAUUUCUAAUCACUGGGAUUUACUGGGAUUUACAUGCAUUCAUUUUACUGGGAAUUACAUGCAUUCAGAGGGGUAAAGCGUUUUUCAAAAUAUACUGUUCAGAAAGGACAAUAUUCUUCACAUUACAUCACAAGUUAAAUGAUGUCUUAGCCUACUCCAUGUAAAAUGUAUCUUUUAAGUGUCUUGAAUAGGCCCCCAGGUCUCAGGAAAGGUGAUGUGACCAUGUAAGGCUAACAUUUAACAGCCUCUACUACACAGGUGUACUAACUGCACACAACAAGCUCAGGUAAAAGUAAAUACGCUGAUCAGGAAAGUCUGUGGUUGAAGCUUGACACCCCCUGGUGUCAUAGUGGAGGAUGGAAAUUGUUGGGCUUUGAAAAUGAUACUUUACACUGUAUCAUCUUGUGAGCCUCAAUCCAAAUCACUGCAUGUUAUAGUUCUGUCACUUCAUUUUGUAUUUUGUUUUAUCAUGUAUUUUCCUACCAUAGCCUAUUCUGCUGUGUGAAACACAAUUAUUUCUCAGUGUUC